AUGAGCUGGCCUUGCUACACGCUCAUCGCCUACCUGUCCGCAGUCACGGCACAUCUUCUCUUCCUCCUCGCCCUCGUCUACGUCCCGCCGACGUCCUACCUUCGAGCAUGGCUGCUUCCGGUGCUGCUGGCGCCUACGGUCGUCGUCUCCUAUACGGCCGUCUACGCGACCUCUGUGAUGCCGCUUAACUUUGUCUUUGGCGUGAACUAUGGCUCCCGUCUAGCGCUGGAGAUGUUUGACCUUCUCUGCAUCUCGAAGGUGUCCUGCCCGGAGACUUGCGGAUCAGUGAACUCUUGUUCUGCAUCCGUAAAUGGAGCGCCUUAUAAGGAGAAGACGACGGAUGGAGUGGUUGCAGUUAUACCAUGGCACAUAAGAGCCUACAAUGCGGUGACAUGGCUGUUCGAGGCCUUGUCCACCGAUAGACGGCAAGAUGGUUAUCCUGACAUCUCUCGGGAGAAGAUGAAGCUGGUAUCGAAAAAACAGUUUCUCAUUUUCAGGUCUACACGGUUCAUACUCGGAUAUUUACUCCUGGACUUUAUUACAUCCCAGUCUCUAGAGGAUGCGAGCGUUAAGUUUGGUCCCGGCAAGGAAAGGAUACUUUCUCGACUGAUCGGAGGAGACUUCUCUGGCCGGGACCUUGGUGAGACCCUGGGCUCGAUUAUCGGGUUCGCCGCAGCUGGAUAUCUGAACCUGGUUGUACUCUUCGACCUGGUCUCCGUGCUGGCAGUCGGUCUGGGUAUCAGCGCUGUCGAGAGCUGGCCACCUUAUUUUGGGCCAUUGACCGAGUUGUAUUCCAUAAGGAACUUUUGGAGCUUCUUCAUCACUCAUUCUAUCCUACGGCUACCCCUUGCAAAAACUGUUCCGCCCGAAUCCAAGGCAUUGAUACUAAUUAUCCGAUACGUCAGAAUCCAAAUGGCUUUUCUAGUCUCAGGGCUGAUGCAUUUGCCAAUAGAUAGGAUGCAAAACAUACCUUAUCGGGAAUCCGGUGUUGCCAUGUUCUUCACCGUGCAAGCUCUGGGGAUUCUUAUAGAGGACAUGGUCUGUUCCACCUAUCGUUGGGUCGCUACCGGGUCAUUCUCCCGCCAGGUAUACAAGGGAGCGGGAAACAGAAAGCCAGUGUUAUGGCAACGGCUGAUUGGGUUUACCUGGUGCCUAUGCUGGGCGAUGUGGUGUGUACCACCUUGGAUCUUUCCCACCAUCCGCCGGUCUGCAAUGUCUGCCGUCCCUUAUUCAUUCUUCACGAAGAAUUAG